AUGCAUUAUAGAUUCAAGGAUGUGAACAGAGAGGGAGAGGAGGAGAGAGGUGCUUACAGAGCCACAAGUUCAUUACAGCUGAUCAGGGAGGCACGGGAGGGGAAGGGAGACCUAGCGGUGCUUUGGCUGGACCUCGCCAAUGCAUAUGGGUCGAUCCCCCACAAGCUGGUUGAGACCACCCUGGACCACCACCACAUCCCCUGCAAGAUCAAGGACCUCAUCCUGGAUUACUAUGGAGACUUUAGGCUGAGAGUUACAUCAGGGAGCAUAACAUCUAACUGGCACCGGCUCGAGAAAGGGAUCAUAACAGGCUGCACAAUCUCGGUCAUCCUUUUCGCUCUGGCCAUGAACAUGUUGGUCAAGGCCGCCGAGACAGAGUGCAGAGGUCCCCUGUCCAAGUCUGGAAUUCGGCAGCCUCCCAUCAGAGCCUUCAUGGACGACCUGUCUGUCACGACCACUUCAGUGCCUGGAUGCAGGUGGAUCCUUCAGGGCCUGGUCAAGCUCAUCUCUUGGGCUAGGAUGAGCUUUAAACCAACAAAAUCUAGGUCCAUGGUUCUGAAGAGAGGAAAAGUGGUGGACAAGUUCCGCUUCUUUGUGGACGGCGCAGUAAUACCAUCAAUCACUGAGAAGCCAGUAACUAGCCUGGGCAAGGUGUUUGACUGUAGCCUCAGAGACACAGCAUCAGUCCAAACAACCAUCAAGAGGCUCGAAACUUGGUUGUCUACAGUAGACAAGUCUGGUCUACCUGGUAGGUUCAAGGCAUGGUUGUACCAACAUGGCAUCUUGCCCCGUAUCCUCUGGCCCCUGCUAGUGUAUGAGGUGACAAUGUCUACAGUCGAGACCCUGGAGAGGAAAAUCAGCUGCUACCUCCGACGAUGGCUGGGUCUGCCACGCAGUCUCACAAGUGCAGCACUGUAUGGCAGGAGCAACAAGCUUCAGCUCCCCAUCAACAGCCUGGAGGAGGAGUUCAGGGUCUCCCGCACAAGAGAGGCACUGGUAUAUCGAGACUCCAAAGACUCUAGAGUGGCAGCAGCUGGUAUCGUGGUGCGGACGGGCAGGAAGUGGAAGGCUCAAGAGGGGCUGGAGCUGGCAGAGUCUCGGCUGAGACACAAAGCACUGUUGGGCACGGUGGCAUCUGGGCGAGCAGGGCUGGGAGCCAUCCCACAACCACGGCACGACAAGGCUCAGGGCAAGGACAGACGCCAUCUGGUCCUGAAGGAGGUCCGAGCAGGUGUCGAGGAGGUGAGGACCAGCAGGAUGGUGGGCAUGCGGCAGCAGGGGGCAUGGACAAGGUGGGAAGGAGCGCUGGAGAGGAAGUUGACCUGGAAUGACAUCUGGAAGACUGAGCCUCAGCGGAUUAGGUUCAUGGUCCAAGCUGUCUAUGAUGUACUACCCAGCCCAGCUAACCUGCAUACCUGGGGCAAGAGUGACACUCCAACAUGUCCACUCUGUCCAGGAAAGGGGACUCUGGAGCACAUCAUGAGCAGCUGCCCAUCAGCCCUUGGAGAGGGCCGCUACCGCUGGCGUCACGACCAGGUCCUGAGGACAGUGGAAGAGGCCAUCUCCAGUGCAGUGGACAAGAACAAGCAUGUCCGCAGCCAGAGGAGGAUCAACUUUGUAAAGGCUGGAGAGAAGCCACGUCCGCAGCCAACACCAUCAGCCAGCCUGCUCUCAUCGGCAUCGGACUGGGAACUGCGAGUUGACCUGGGCAGGCAGCUUAAGUUCCCAGAGUUUAUAACAUCUACUUCCUUGAGGCCAGAUCUGGUAUUGACAUCUCCCUCCUCUAAGCAGGUCCUCUUAGUGGAACUGACAGUCCCCUGGGAGGACCGCAUGGAAGAGGCCAAUGAGCGCAAGCGGCUCAAAUACCAAGAGCUCACCGAGGAGUGUCGGAGGAGGGGCUGGAAAGCUCGCUGUGAACCAGUGGAGGUAGGGUGCAGAGGCUUUGCUGCCCGCUCCUUGUGCAAGAUCUACACCCUUCUUGGCAUCACAGGAGCUGCGAAGAGGAGAGCCAUCAAGUCCACCGUAGAGGCCGCGGAGAGGGCCUCUAGGUGGAUUUGGAUCAAGAGGUCCGAAAAGUGGGCCAACGCUGCUGGGACACAAGCCAGGGCCUGAUCAACCCUGGCUGGGUCGCCUGAGGGAGGGUGUCUGAUGUUGUGAGACCCAA